CGCCGACAGUUCAAUUAGAAAUAGCUUCUACUGCAAUCUGUUUCACCCAGACAUUUCUGCCAUAUAAGGAGGCAUCUUCUCCAGCAUCAAUGAAUACCAGCGAUACUAAGCUUGUGGAACAACUGUUCCUAGACUUCUCCGUGCAAGAAGUGCUUCAGAAUGAGGCGAAUGGUUUCCCAGUUGUCGAGCCAUGGGCUACCGAAUACGUCAAUGCCAUAAGAGACGGGAGGUAUGGCGACGCAGUGUGGGCCCGUUAUCAUAUUGCAGGCGACGUGCAUAGUGGUAUCAUCGAUGGCACCGACAGAACCGUACUCGAGAUGAUCGAAGAAGAUGCUUUGGGCUACAAAGUGGGUGAUCCAGAGGUAUAUGACGAAGCUCUGUUGUUCUACGCCAAUACCAAUCCGGCGGAUGGGCAUCCGGAAGUGAUUGAAAUCAUUUUGCGCAUAGGAGAUAAAAAUGUCGACACGCUUCGUGCUCGACUUAAAGCCGAACAUCAAGCGGAUGUCCUUGCCGAUCUCUGA